UCAACAAGGUAUUUAUAAGAAUGAUGUGCGUGUAGGGAUAGGGAGCUACUCUUAGCUUAUGUAUAUUUAAAUGUAGCAACUUACUGCAGUAAGGUUAGUAGACAAAACAGCUGCAAAUAUGACGCAGGAUAAACGGGGGAAGCUUGGGCCCAGAACAAAUUAUACCUCAGCAAAGUCAAAAACCUGUGAUCAAAGGGCCAAGAAGAAACUUUCUGCCACUCUGCUGAGCGUUUUGGACACUGAGGAUGACCUCUCUAAUAUCCAGUGGGGAUCAGUGCCGAUAGAAGUACAGGAGUGGCUGACUGUUACCUUUGCAAGGAAAAAAGAGGCGUACAGUAUCAAACCUGAGGAUCAGCCAAGCAUUCGAACUAUUUCAUAUGCAGUCCAGGCUAGUGUUUUGGUUAAAAGGAUGUUCCGUUCACCCACCAGUGCAAGUGGUAUGGCUUAUCCAGAGGAAGUAAUUGCAGCUUUAAAGGACAUUGAUAAAUGGGAUUUUGAUGUAUUUGCCUUAAACGAAGCUUGUGAAGGGCACAGCUUAAGAUACCUGAUGUGUGAUCUGUUCAACAAGUAUGAUCUUCUGAGCAUAUUCAAGAUCCCAAUUACCAGCCUGAUUUCAUUUGCAAGUGCUCUGGAAGACGGCUACAGCAAGCACCAAAAUCCAUAUCACAAUGUGAUCCAUGCUACAGACGUUACCCAAACUGUGCAUUGCAUAAUGCUUCGCACUGGUAUGAUGCAUUGGUUCACUGACCUGGAGAUAUUAGCAAUUAUUUUCAGCGCGUCAAUCCAUGAUUAUGAACAUACUGGAACCACAAACCAUUUCCAUGUUAGGACAAGGUCAGAAAUGGCACUUUUGUACAAUGAUAAAUCUGUUAUGGAAAACCAUCAUGUGAGUGCUGUUUACCAGCUCAUGCAAAAUGAAGAUAUGAACAUCUUGAUCAAUUUAACCAAUGAGGAAUGGAGGGAACUGCGCCGGCUGGUCAUUGAGAUGGUUUUAGCUACGGACAUGUCACAUCAUUUCCAGCAAAUGAAAUAUCUGAAACACGUUCUGAAAUGCCUUCAGCAUGUAAAAAGGACAGAUAGAGAUAAACUCAUGUCCAUGAUUGUCCAUGCAGCUGACAUAAGUCAUCCAUCAAAGCCCUGGAAAUUGCACCAGCAAUGGGCAAAUGCACUAAUGGAUGAAUUCUUCAAGCAGGGAGACAAGGAGGCUGAAUUAGGAUUGCCAAUUUCUCCACUCUGUGAUCGUGGGACUACCAAUAUUGCUGAAACUCAAAUAGGCUUUAUUGAUGUCAUAGUGAAACCAGUUUUUUAUCUUGUAAUUGAAGCAGCUGAGAAAAUUGUUGAGCCUCUUAUAUAUGAAGCCUUUGAAACUGGAUGUUCCUCUAGCAGAGAUUCUGGGUAUUUUUCUGGGUCAGGGUCAAUUGAAGAUGAAGAUAAACCAAACUUUAGUGGGAACAGUUUUGAAGAGGAAGAAAACGUUAGUCAGGGAAGCGUCAAAAGUGAAAGUGGGACUUGCACAGAGAGAAAUCUCUUAAUUUCCUUGAAUAUAGAAAACUUUGAAGAUCACUUGGUGCAGAAUAUUGAAGCAAACAGGAAAAAGUGGAAAGAGAGCCAGGAGCCCAAGAGCAAAGAAUCACCAAUGAAAGAAAGUAACAAUGAAAGAAAGGCCAAAGACAAAGUAAGUAAAGAUAAAAAAGAAGGGGGGAAACCCCAGAAAACAUCAAAGCCCAAACACCAUCCUUCAAAGUCCAAUAAAAUUUGUAUUGCACCACAAAGUCCUACCGUUUGCGAUUGUGAGCUUUGCCACAGCAGAGCAUUUGAACCAAUGGAUGUCAGCUUCAUCGUUUACAAUGCCGGUGGAUCAGAAGUGUUUCAGCCACAGCCGGAUGAUGAGGUCAUGGAUGUCACAGAAUCAUAUGAGGAAUUGGUGGAUAAUAAAAGUUCCUGGAGAAAAGCUGCUGGUCAGGAUACAGAUAAAAACAUAUACGAGAUGAGAGGCAUGGUUCCAAAAACAAAACCUCUGCGUCCUAAUGAAAGUGAUGAUGUGAUCAUUGAGGAAUUCAUACCAGACGAUCCUGAGCCCCCAAAAGAAAGUGAACACCCAGCCGCCACUGAUCAAAAUGAUGCCCAGCUAUCACCUGGUGUUGGCUUUAUGUCAGAGCUAACCAAAAGUGACGUCAAUUUCUUUUCCCUGUGGAACGAAGAAGUUAUGAGACGUGCUGCUGAGCAGCAGAAACAAGACCAAAGCAGAAUGACUCCUGGUGCUGCAUCGUUACAGGUGGCAAUAUCAGCAAAAGAAAAUGAGGGUUGUCAAGCAAACUCAGCUGAUCAAAACUUUGUUCUACAAGUAAUCUCUAUUGACACCCCUAUUGUAGCAAACAGGGCAGCAUCAGGACAACAUUGUGACCCAUCCCAGAAGGAAGUUGCCAAUACCUCUGCCCUAAAGAAAGAUACUACCACGCCAUCAAAUGCAGGCCAACAAAAUGAAACCACCCCACCUGGAGCUGGAGCUGGAGGCUCCGGCUGCUUCUCCUCGCCUGCGGACGCUGCUCGGUUGGCGAGCGGGGCGGAGGAACUAGCGGGCCGCCGGCAGCCCCGAGAGACGGCGCCGCGCGCUCAGGUCGAGCCCCGGCGGGAGCGGCCCCUGCGGCCGGGCGGAGAGGAGGAGACGCGUGUCGGGGCCUCUGCUUCGCCCCCGUCCCCUGGCCCUGCCGGCGAGGGCGGGAGCGCCUCUUUCCCAGGCCGGCAGGCCGGCGUCGCGGCCGGGGCCGGGAAGGGCCGGCAGAGGCUGGCGGGAGAGGGAGGCCGAGGAGGAGUCCCUCGGAGCCUGCAGCCCAGACGGCGCUCGCAGCCGGAUCUGGCCCAGCCCCAAAGUCACCAAAGCAACAACAGUAGUCCCCUGGAGAAGGAGCUGAAGAACUGUUGGCAGUCACCCAAGGAGCUGGUUUCCGAAGCCACAGAGGGCAAAGAUUCAGGAGUACGCCAUUCCCAACUCUACAAAAACUAG